CAAAACCAAAGCAACAUUAGUCUGAAAGCAAUCUACAAAAAUCCAUCUGUAACGAGAAAAAUUAUGUGCUCAUAAAAUGUUUCACGCGUUUAGAUUCUGUAUAAAGACUUUUAAAUUUCUGUGACCACCACCACCACCACCACUUCGCCGCCGUCUUGAGCCACUUAUCACCACCGAUUUUUCCAUAACCCAUUUCACAUUUCAUCACCCAUUUUUUUUGGUAAGCCCAUCCGGUUUCCAAGGUUUCGCCCUGACUAAUCCGGAUCCGACCCGUGUCGCGCACCUGGCAUGGUGGGUGAGUCUUCCAGUGGAAAUUUUCUGCAUUCACAAGGACUCGAACCCGAGACCUUGCUUAAGCGAUACCAAGCCGCUUACCACUUGGACCGACUCCCAUUGGUUUUCAUCACCCAUUAAUUGUAUGCAAUAAAUUGUUUUCUUUUUGUUUCUAUAUAAAUCCAAACCAGUCCGACUCAUCUUUCUAUAAGUCUAUAAUUCCAUUCUUCUAUUAUUUCUUUUCUUCUAUAUAUAUCUCUGUUUUUCUUUUCUUUUUUCUCAUUAUAAAAUCCGAAUCUGUCCGCCAUAUUUCAGAUUUAUAACCAGCCCAUUUUUUUCUCCACAAAAAAUUAUUGAUUAUACUAGCAGUAGUGAUGAGAAGAAGCAUUAUUUCAUUGGUUAUUGUAGUGGUAGUGCUGAUUCUUGAGAUCCAGACAUGCUUAGCGCAGCAGAUUAGUAGAGCCAGUUUUCCUAAAGGUUUUGUAUUCGGAACUGCCUCUUCUGCUUUUCAGUAUGAAGGAGCAGUGAAAGAGGAUGGGAGGGGACCAAGUAUUUGGGACUCUUUCUCACAUUCCUUUGGCAAGGUUCUUGAUCUUAGUAAUGCUGAUGUUGCGGUCGAUCAGUACCAUAGGUUUGCUGAAGAUAUUCAACUCAUGAAGGAUAUGGGCAUGGAUGCCUAUAGAUUUUCAAUCUCUUGGCCUCGAAUUUAUCCUAAUGGUAGUGGAGCUAUAAAUCAGGCAGGAAUUGAUCAUUACAACAAACUUAUCAAUGCUUUACUUGCUGCAGGAAUUCAGCCUUAUGUGACAUUGUACCAUUGGGACCUUCCUCAAGCACUGGAAGACAGAUACAAAGGAUGGCUCAGCCCACAAAUCAUAAAGGAUUUCGCAGCCUUCGCCGAGACUUGCUUUGCAGCAUUUGGUGACAGAGUGAAGCACUGGAUCACUUUCAAUGAACCUCACACGUUCACCAUUCAAGGGUAUGAUGUUGGUCUCCAAGCUCCAGGACGAUGCUCCAUCCUUCUGCGUAUACUCUGCAGAGCUGGAAAUUCUGCAACUGAACCUUACAUUGUUGCCCAUAACGUGAUUCUUACUCAUGGAACUGUAGUAGAUAUUUACCGGAAAAAGUACCAGGCGAAACAACGCGGAUCAAUUGGCAUAUCACUUGACGUAAUAUGGUUCACACCAGCAAGCAAUUCUACAAAAGACAUAGAGGCAACUCAAAGAGCACAAGAUUUUCAGCUUGGCUGGUUUAUUGAACCAUUGAUCUUGGGGGAUUAUCCGAGUUCAAUGAAAAGUAGAGUCAAAGAUCGGCUGCCAACAUUUUCCAAAUCCGAGGUUGCUCUUAUUAAGGGGUCUUUGGAUUUUGUGGGAAUUAAUCACUACACUACAUUUUAUGCCUCAGAAAAUUCUGGAGUUAGCCUUAAAGAUUCUCAGGCAGACUCUGGCGCUACAACACUGCCAUUCAAGGGCUUGACGCCUAUUUCAAACAAGGCAAACUCUAUAUGGCUGUACAUAGUUCCUGGAGGGAUGAGAAGUUUAAUGAACUACAUCAAGAACAAGUAUGGCAACAUUCCUAUCAUGAUAACCGAAAACGGAAUGGAUGACCCAAAUAACCCUCUUACUCCUAUUAAAGAUGCUAUUAAGGAUGAGAAAAGAAUCAAGUACCACAAUGACUAUUUAACCAACUUGCUAGCUUCUAUCAAAGAAGAUGGAUGCAAUGUGAAAGGGUAUUUUGUAUGGUCUUUAUUGGAUAACUGGGAAUGGGCAGCUGGAUAUACUUCAAGAUUUGGUCUCUACUUUGUGGAUUAUAAAGACAACCUCAAGAGAUACCCUAAAGAUUCUGUAAAAUGGUUCAAGAAUUUCUUAACAUCUUCUUGAAUGACACAUAGAUUUGCAACUGAGUGUUGUGUGUUAUGAUUUGUAUCUAUAGAUAGUAUGAACCAUUAAUAUUGCUAAUCUUAAUUUAUGAAAUUGCAUGUCCAA